AUGGAGCUCCACUCCCUUGCUAAGAAGAGCAGCCAGGCUGUCCUGUGCGAUGCUGGGGACUGGCAUUCAGGAGGCCCUCCUGAUGGCCAGGCAGAUGCAGCAGCCAUCAAAGCUGCUCUCUGCUGCCAGAGACACUGUACGUCAACACCAAAAGCAGCUGAGAUUGAAGGAUCUAAACUUAGUCCUUCUCCAGCAUCCCCCUCCUCCUCUUUGCAAGACAGAGUUAUUCAGACAGACUCCUUGCCACCAGGACCUCUCAACUCAGGGAACAACCAAAUAACAGCAGGGCGGAAAGUCUGCAACUGCUGCAGCCAGGAAUUAGAAACUUCUUUUACCUGUGUGGAUGAGAAUGUCAACUUAGAGCAAAGGAACCGAUGCUCCCCUUCAGCAAAAGGGAGCAAUCACCUGGGAGACGUUGGCUGGGGAAAUCCAAACGAGUGGUCCCAUGAGGCUGCCGUAUCCUUGAUAUCCGAAGAUGAGGAUGAUGUAAGUUCGGAAGCCACAUCUUCAGGGAGGUCAGUUGACUAUGGUUUCAUCAGUGCCAUCUUGUUCUUGGUCACUGGCAUCUUGCUGGUGAUCAUCUCUUACAUUGUUCCACGGGAAGUGACUGUGGAUCCCAACACCGUGGCGGCCCGGGAGAUGGAACGCUUGGAGAAGGAGAGCGCAAGGUUGGGGGCUCACCUGGAUCGCUGUGUGAUUGCGGGACUCUGCCUGCUCACUCUUGGCGGGGUCGUUCUGUCCUGUUUGCUGAUGAUGUCUAUGUGGAAGGGGGAGCUAUAUCGUCGCAACAGGUUUGCCUCUUCCAAAGAGUCUGCAAAACUCUACGGUUCUUUCAACUUCAGGAUGAAAACCGGCACGAAUGAAAACACCCUGGAACUGUCCUUGGUAGAAGAAGAUGCUCUUGAUGUACAGAGUUAAUUCUGGUUGUGAACUUCUUGAGGGUCUGCGUUAGCAUUUUCUGUGAAAACCAACCAACCAACCAACCACUUUUCUUAAAAUUAACAGUGCAGUUUAUUUGCUUGUCAGGAAAUGCUCAUUUCACAAACCAACAGCCAGUGAGUGUUUUUGUUCUAUAUGUAUUUUUUAUUUACAAGAAAAGCUGUGUUAAGAUGCAUUAAGAAACUACAACCAGCUACACCUGUCCUUGUAAAGAGCUGAGAUUAAUUAAUCUGUAAUGGCCAUCAGCUUCUGUUUCUAUAGCAAAAUAUUUCUAACAACCAGCGUACAAAUGAUUUUUUAACAUGG